AUGGCUCAACCCGACGGAAACCAUGGAGGAGGCCGAAGUCCUCCAGAUCUAGAAGACAGACUCGCGUUCUGCACGAUGGGCAUGUUCAUCAUUGACAAGAUCGAAUACCUGGCCAACAACAAUACGCAACCGCCACCGCAGGAGAGAAUCAUCGGCGGCGCAGGCACGUACGCAGCGCUGGGCGCACGCCUCGCAGCCGGCAGCCGCCAUGCCAGCUGCGUUGGCUGGAUUGUGGACAUGGGCUCAGACUUCCCCGCGCAAUUCCGGACGCUGAUCGAGACGUGGCGCACCGCUUGCAUGUUCCGGUUCGACAGUACGCGGCUGACGACUACGGCGUGGAACGGGUACGGGGACAACGAGUUCCGCGCGUUCAAGUACCUCACCUCCAAGCGGCGGCUGGACGAGAACUCCUUGUCGGACGACCAGGUCCAAGCUCGUGCGUUCCAUAUGGUUUGUUCGCCGACAAGGUGUAUGGCGCUUGUGCGUGGCAUUUUGGAUCGGAGGGGGAGGUUGCGUCGAAGACGUCGUGGCGUUCUUACGGACGGAAAUGGAAAUGAAGAUGCAGAUGAUGGUGAUGAUGACGACGACGACGACAGGCCGCUCUUCAUCUGGGAACCUAUCCCGGAUCUAUGCACGCCCGAGGAACUCUCGCGGCUGCGCGAAGCAACGCACUGCGUCGACGUGGUGAGUCCCAACGCGGACGAGCUCGCGUCCUUCUUCACCGAGAUGCCCGAGUUCUCGACCCGGGAGCGAAUGGUCGCGAACCUCCUUGGGCUCGAUGCACACAAUGGAGAGCAGAAGAAGAAGCCCCUGAGCACGCGUGGCACGACCACGGCGCUGGUGGUCCGAGAAGGCGCGCACGGAUGCACCGCGUACGUCGGCAGCACAAAAGGUCUGCAUCUCCGGGCGUAUCACCAAAGGAAAGAGAAGGUCGUGGAUCCUACGGGCGGGGGAAACACUUUUUUGGGAGCGCUGGCUAUGGGCAUGACGGGACGGACGACCCCUGAUGAGGCGGUUCUUCAAGAGCUUGGCCUUCUCAACCAUCCCAGCGAGGAGCCUGUGGUUGGCGAAAAAGGGCGGUUCUUGCUCGCACUGCUCCACGCGACAAUUGCCGCUGGAUAUGCCAUUGAGCAAGUCGGCAUGCCCGCUGUGUCGGCUGAAGACGGCGACUGUUGGAAUGGAGAAGCAUACCCGGAGCGGUUUCGCCAGUACGUAGACAGAGAGAGGGACUAUAUACUUGCUCAACUCUCAAGCUCAUGCGGCUGA